AUGGGGUCUCACUAUGAAUAUGAAGAGUCUCUCGGUGACUUGGGCUACAAUGGGUUCCCUGUAUACUUGAACUAUUUCACUGCGUUACCGGAUGUGUCAGUGUUGAGUAAUUCAGCAUUAGUGAUUGUGUUUAAAUCACUACUUAAGAAGGAUACUAUCACGAAGGAGAAGUCACUUACUGAGCUUCUACUGCUCUUUAACAAUAGUAGUAGUGAGUUGACUGCGGUGUUCCAAGAGGAAUUGACCAUCAUGUCAUGGCUUCAACUCUACCCUAAAUUGGCUACUGAGAAUAGUAAGACUAUUCGAGCUCUUAGUCAUCAAGUUCAAGGUAAAUUCCUUGAUACAGUGGGAGGUAAAGCAUUUAGUAAGUAUCUUAAGAGUUCUAUAGCCGUAUGGCUUCAUGGGAUCUUUGAUAAUGAGAAGGCUGUCUCCAAUGCUGCCUAUAAUUCCCUCUUGGCAAGUUUCCAGAAUGAUUCAGAUCGAGUAUCCAUUAAAGUAUGGUCUAUAUUUAUUGAUCAAAUAGUUAAUUUUCUUGUGGCUGUAGUGACUUUAGAAACAUCAGAAAGUCUUAGUGAUAGUCGAUACACCAACGAAGAAGAUUCUGCUUCGAAAUAUGAACGAUUAUUGAAUGGAUCUUUACAAAUGAUUACCAGAAUUAUUCAUUUACUGAGAGAUGGAAAUCUUAUAUUAAAUACUGAGAAUAUUACUAAAUUACUGAAUGUAUUGGAACUGGAAGAACUCUGGAAUCUUUUGGGUUCAUCCAGUUCCUUUGAUAGAUUAAAUUUAAAUCUUUUUGCAUCUUUACUUAUACUAGUUAAGUCACUUUUCAGUACUUCCGAUUUAACUAUAGUUAAUGAUUCAAAUAAGGUAUAUACAUUAGUAUGUAAACGAUUCAUUAAGAAAGUUAGCUUUAAAGUCGAUAAGGUUAAUCCCAUAGUAUAUUCCUCAGUAAUCUUACGAUUCUGGGAUUGUCUCCUUACUUUAACCAAGUAUAGUUCUGAUCAGAAUAUUUGGCAACUUGGAGGAACUAAGAGUAAUUCUCGAUUUCUUAACUAUUUGACUUUGGGUCCAUGUAAUCUGUCAGAGACUUACUAUACUUUAUUAACUGAUUUGUUUAAACUAUCUCCCAGUGUUAUAGACUAUAAGUCUGUGACAGAUUAUGAGUCGCUAAACUCCAUCCUCUGUAGUCAACUUGAAAAGUCCGUCAACCCAAAGUUGUCUCACGCAUGUAUGGGCUUCCUCCUAUUCCUAUAUAAACAAUUUGAUCAUGAUCAACUUGAUUUGGGGCCUAUAUUCCAGUCGGCUAUAUACUAUAGUAUAGACUCCAUCGCUAGAGUACGGGCAGGGAAAGACGAUCUGAUUGGUCAAGUUUCAUCCUUUUUAACCCUGACUGCUAGUGUAUCAUCGGUACUUGAUCAGUUUAGUGAUUCCAUAGUAGAAUUGGCAUUUGGUUCAGAUCUGAAGGUGGUAGUGGGGUCUGUGCAUUUCAAGAGCUCUUAUGAUAAGCUUGUGGAUACGUAUUUCCGGAUUAUCAAACAGGCGGGAUUUACCGAGACCGUAACUUCAAGAAUAAUAACUCGUUUGAUUACUGAGAAGAUGGCUACUGGUAAACUUUUUCAAGUUUUAAUUGGGUAUUUGGCCGUAUAUGGUAAUGGUGCCACUCAAGAUAUUUCCGAAUUCAGUAAUAAAUUGGCGGAUUUCAUUACUCCUCAAUUCAUCGAUGAACCACUUCAACUCUUGUAUGCAUAUUUGAAGGUUCCAUCAUUCAAAAUCGACGAUAAGGUCAUUAAUAACGUGUUUGCUAAGUUAUCGGAAAUUAAGCCUGACUACUUAUCAUCAUAUCUUGAAACCAUUAAAAGGAUCGUGCCAGGAUUUCCUCAUCAAUGGGAACUGUAUCCUGCCAUCUAUGAGUAUGUACUGCACUUAUCCAAACAAGAUACGUUGGACUCUCAACAGUUAUCACUCUGUUUCUCAUAUCUUACCGAACCCUUUGUAUUUGCUAACUUGAUAGAGAGUGUGAGUUUGGAUAAAGAUCAUUCACUUCGAUUCAUUGCUCAAGUAUGUAAAACUCCUCCAACUUCCUUAUACACUCAUGUGGAUAGUCUUGGACCUAUAAUUAAGGUGGCUCUUAAGGAAGCAUCGUCCAAUCAAGACUGUCUUAAGUUUAUCAAUCUCAUUCGGGAUAAUAUCCCUGAUUUCCAUCGGAUUGUAUGGCAAUAUAUCACUGAUAGUUCACUUGUUACUGACUUUUCUGGUCUAGUUACUGUUCUUAAAUCGGAUGAUAUACCAUUAGAAGAGAUUAAACAGUUAAUUUCUGAGUCUUUACAAUCGGUUUCCACGUCUUUCUUAGCUCUCUCCAAUCCAUUAAUGGAGAACAUCUACCUUGUGGAAUCAGGAGAUACUACCAGACUUAAUGAGUCGAUGUUGGUGGUGGGUAAGUUCAUUGUUGGAUCUUUGGAAGGGCAUGUGACUCCUGGUUUAUUGGUGGCAGGAGGUCUUAUCAGUGAGUAUAUUAAUGAUUACUUACUCCUUCAUGACUCUGACGAUAUUGAUAAUGUCAGUAGUCAAUUAGUAGAAAUUAGACGAUCCUUAAUUGAUGCAGUUAGUCAACGUGUCUCACAUGAUAAUGCUAUUCUUUACUUAACUAAUCAAUUGGAUCCUACAGAAGUUAAUAGUUUGAGUAUUCUAUCACACAAUCUUCAAACUAAUGAUCUGUAUGGGUUCUACUCGGCUCGAGUGCUCAAGGCCUGUUUGGAUAACGUGUUUGAAGAGAUGAGUGUUAAGCAAUUUGAAGAAUUAGCCAUAAAUUUCAAUGCUCUAUUAUCUAUACCACUCAAAUUAGCUGCCAUUCUUAGUAGUUGUACUAAGUUCAUUAAUCAUAGUAAAUUAGAUCGAAUUCGAAACUAUGUGGCAGCUGAAAUCCUUGGAGUUAAGGGAGAACUGAAGAUUCUUACUGAUGGACUUAAAUGGAUAACUCUUUGUCUUAACUUCUUUCAUGGAGAUGAUACCGAUACCGUUGGAGUUGAAGUUAUACCUCCACAACGGUUAAAUCUUGUGCUUAAUCAAUUGACCAAAUGGCUUGAAUCCAGUCUUGCUUAUGAGACUAGUUUCAUUAGUGUUCGAGUUCAAAUUUGUCGAUUAUUAAUAGGAUUAAUUGAUAAUCUGAUGGGGAAUUCUUUACCUGAUAAACUAUGGGAAUUAGUGAGUUCAGUAUUGGAUGAAAACCUUGGAAUUUCCAUUACUGAACCUAGUCGUAUUGAUUUAAGAUUCUAUACUUUAAAGCUAUAUCAUACUUGUGUCAAGAGAUCUCAAUUAGAUCACCUUGAAGAUGACUUUAAAGGUGAAGUGUUUGAAUUAUUUACCAAUAAGGAUAUUCAAACUUAUGAUACACAAGCCAAUAAUCGAGCUGUACGAAUGUACUUUGAAGUGAUAUCUCGAGUAUUAUUGAGUCUUCAGCUUAAUAUUAAAGUAUUACAAGAGAAAGAUCAUGAACUAUUUGAAGUAUUCUAUCAUACUAAAUUUGUAGAAAUUCAACGAGUUGCCGUAGGAUUCUUAUUGCAAACCAUUAGAGCUACUCAACAGGAUCUUGUAUUGGAAUAUCAAUUACAGAAAUCUCACCUUAAUAAUGAUGAAGAUAAUGAAUCAGGUAUUUCACUUAGUCUUACCCUUCCCCCUCAUUUAAUUGAACAAAUUCAAAUCCCAUCAAUUCCAAUUCCAAUGACUUCAGUUGAUACUUGUCGUUAUAUAUGGAGUUGGUACCUUUUGUUAGUAUACUUUCAAGAUGUUACUUAUUCCAUAAGAAAUGAAUAUAUUAAACAACUUAAUAGUAUAGAAGCAUUCAAUAGUAUAUUUGAUUUCAUAUUUGAUAAUGUCGAUGUAUCCAAUCAAAGUCUGAGUGGGAAAUUCUUACGAUCUUUAACUAAUUCUGGUGAUAUUACUAAAUCUAUUGAUGUUAAGGAUAUAAUUAUUGAGACUUAUAAUAUUGAACAAGGAUUUGGGGAAAGUAUAAAUGAAGAAAUCUCCUUUGUAUUGAUUCAUUUAUACUAUUUAUUAUUAAAAUAUGGAGGAUCUCAAGCUCAAAGUUGGUUUAAUGGUAUUAGAGAUCGACAAUUGAAAUCUCAAAUUGAAAAGUUUACUACAAGAUUUAUAUCACCAAUCUUACUUUGUAAAUUAUUAGAAGAAGCUAGUGCAUCAAAGACUAAAUUAGAACUGAAUGAUAAUAAUCUUACAUUAAAGAUUAAUUCUAUAACCAAUGAAAUCCGUUCGGUAUAUAUUAUUGAUGAGCAAACUAUGGAAAUGGUAAUUAGAAUCCCUGCAUCUUAUCCCUUAGAUAAUGUUGUAGUUGAAGGUCCAACUCGAUUAGGAGUUAAAGAAAAUCAAUGGAAAGCAUGGUUACUUGCAUCUCAACGAGUUAUUUCUUUAACUAAUGGUUCAGUUAUUGAUGCAGUUGAAUUAUUUAAUAGAAAUGUUAAUUUACACUUCUCAGGAUUUGAAGAUUGUGCAAUUUGUUAUUCAAUCUUACAUCAAGAUUUAUCCUUACCUUCUAAAACAUGUCCUACAUGUUCGAAUAAGUUCCAUGCCGCAUGUUUAUAUAAAUGGUUUAAGAGUUCUAAUAGUAGUACAUGUCCACUCUGUCGGUCGGCCUUUAAUUUCCGGACUUCUAGAAAUUAG